GUCGAUCUCACCGUUGCUACUAAGAAGACGCUCAUACGAUUACGUCGGGAUGACCUAGUCCGACUCUGCGAGACUCGUGAACUUGAUGCAACAGGCACUAAACCUCAGCUUGCCAAGGCGCUACUGCAAUGGCGAGAUCGUCGGUGCAGCUCACCCUCCUCUACAGGUACAGUGCGCCCUGUGACCCCUAAAGGCCGCCCCUGUAGAAAGAGUCGCAGCAAGAGUACUAGCCAGACGCCGCCCGUGCUUCUUCGAUCCGAACGGAUACAUCUUGACGAGCCUCGGACGCCGCCGCUUUCAGGACGCCGGAAGGAACCCGAACCCGAGCUUGAGCUUGACCUGGAGAGCUUGGGCCUCGAAGACCGCGAGAUUCCACCUGAGAAACUCACGAAACUAGAGAAAAUCGGCAGCGGAGGUUUCAAAGACGUCUACAUUGGCAAGUUCAAGGGUCGCAAGGUUGCAAUCGCUGAGUUCCGGGGUCAGCUAAGUGCAAUGGACAUUAAAGAGCUCAAGUUGCUUGGCGACUUUAAUCACCCGAAUAUCGUUCGAUUUUUGGGUGUGAGUAUUCCAGAGAACACGCGAGAUACACCGGUUAUGAUCGUGAGCGAGCUCUGCUCGAAUGGUGAUCUCUUCGACUACAUCCGGAAUGUCAAUCCCCCCUCCUUGUAUCGAGUUCUGUCAAUCAUGCUCGACAUCGCUCGCGGCUUGGAAUACCUCCAUACGCGCAAACCAUCUGUGAUUCAUCGAGAUUGCAAGUCUUCCAACAUUCUUAUUACGUCCAAAGGCGUUGCAAAGAUCACAGACUUCGGUUUGGCCAAGGUGAAACAGUCAACGCGUUCCAUGAUGCGCAGUGUCGUCGGCACAGUGAAUUGGCAAGCUCCUGAGUUGUGGCAUGCCCAUCCCAAGUACAACCAUAAAGUGGACGUGUUUUCAUGCGCGAUGGUCUACUGGGAGAUGCUCCAAUGGCAUGUUCAGAACAAGAAAUACCCGUGGGAAGGUGAAAACGAACACGGGAUCUAUAAAACAGUUGGUGCCGAACGGCAAAGACCAUCUGUGAGCGGGCUACGCAAACAUUGGUGCCCUGAGAUUGUCGAUUUGAUGGAGCGCAUGUGGGCACAUGAACACCAGGACAGGCCUUCGAUGACCGAGGUCGUCGAAGAGCUGGAGCAUCUUGUUCAACAGUACCGCUAA